AUGCAUCUCAUGUACAUUCCCGACCCGGAGAACCCGGCCAAGCGCAUCUACACGCUGAAGAAGGUCAUCGAUGGCGAAGUCAGCAAGAGCGCGCAUCCCGCUCGUUUCUCGCCCGACGACAAGUACUCGAGGCACAGGGUCACCAUCAAGAAGCGCUACGGACUGCUUUUGACACAGCAGAAGAACAAGGUCGCUGAGAAGGUGUAA